AUGUCGAGCAUAGAAAACUUGUUUGGUAAACUCGCUCUAACUACAGUAACAACAGUGUCUAGAAUAGCAUUGAGCCAUGCCACUAAUGCUGCUAUCCGUAAUGUUACUUCCUAUAUUACAACACAACUCCCAAAAAACAAACCUGACUCAAAGGAAAUACGUGUUCUGCAACGUCAACUUGACCUAAAGAUAAAAAACUUAAAGCCUACUAUUGAUAUUAUUGCAAGAAGUGUAGCUGAUGGCAACACCGAUCUUGAACCAGCUUUGGAAAUGUGCAAUGACCUGAAAACGGAGAUGGAACUGUUUGCCAAGCAAAACAUGACAGAUCCAGAUCAAGUCAAGUUCCAACUUCGACGUCUGUUAGAAAGUGUGGAUGAUGCUAUUCCUUCUUUACAUCUGUCUUUACGUAGCAUCGAAAACAGAACAGGUCAAACUAAUUUAUCGCCUUCUAAAUUGAUUCAAGCUUCACGCAUUGUGACUGAUCCUUCAAGCUAUUCUCUCAAGAUCCGACUGUAUUCUUUGUUUGCUGCCAAUCAGCGAGCAGCAGCAGCAGAAGCAUUUAGCUGGAAAGAAGAAUUCCAUAAAGCAGAACUCAAGAUCAAUAAGCAUAAGGAGUAUACUUAUGAAUUGGCUUUAGUGGAGGAUGUACAUGAUGGCCUGUAUCAUGAAGAAGGAUCAGACGCUCAAAAACUCAACAUUGAUAUUGGUAAAAUCAAGCGCAUGUAUUACACACAGAGUGGAGAAUUGCUGAAUAUUGAAGAUGCCAAGUCACCAGUGCUUGUGGUCAAAGUAGCCAAACAAGCCAAAGAAAAUGAGUCUAUGGUCGAGAUUAAAGAUGCACGACCAGAGAUCAACAAGGAAGAAUUACAAGAAUAUGAUUGGUAUGCCAUUGAAUUAUGGACAAAUGGCCAAACAAUAGAUGAUGAUAGUGAUGAAGAAAGUACAGACAGUAGUGAUGAUCAAGACAAAAAGACGUCUGAUCCUGUUAUUGAUAAUAAGCAACCACAAAACUUACUUUUACUUGAAAGUGUGAAAUAA